UAAAGAAAAAGUAAUAAUUUGAAAAAUAGAAAAAACUUAUUUAUACUAACAAAUUGGUAAAAGUGACGUUGACAGGUAUACAGUUUGCGCCAUUGACAGAUAUCAGCUGAUGUGAUGUCAGAGGAAUUGAAUUGUUUAAACAAAUUUCCUUAUGUUUAUAAAAACAUUUCAUAUCUCGUCACUUGUGCCUUAUUUUCUUGUGAUUUUGUAAUAUUUAUGUAAAUAAAUAAUAAAAAUAAACAAAAGGGUGAAGAAUAUGAAUAACAAAAAGAGCAAGGAAAAAAGUGAAAAUUUAAAUUGCAACACUAACAAUGAAGAUACAGAUAAUAAUUCUAAACAAAGUGAGAUGGAGGAGGCAAAAAGGGCUGAUAAAGAAAUUCCGAAAGCAAAUUCUAAAUCAAAAAGUGCCGUUGAAGAUGGGAAUUCAUCAAAAUCAUCACCGUUGCAAACACGGAAAGAGGAGAGAAAGUCGGAAACAGUGGAUGAUCUAAAAUUACAAUUAAAUACAUUAAUGAAUUCUUUAGCGACUCUUUCUGCUGAAAAAUCAAAAAUGGAAGCUCAAUUUCAAAUUGAUAAGAAACAGUUGAGAAGCGAUCGAGAAGAACAUGAAAAAAUAAUCAAAGAAUUGAAGGAUAAAUUAAAAUGUGCGCAAAAUAAUUCGCAUUCGGAAAUGGAGCAUUUGAAGUAUAAACUAAUUAUGGAGAGACAUGAAAGAGAAAGGGAGCACUCUGAUCAUUCUGCAAUAAUGAAGGAACUUCAAAAGGUUGUUAACAAUGAAAGACGAAUUCGUGAACAAUUGGAAGGACAAAUUAAGGAAUUGAAAGGCCACGUGUCCAGUAAAUCUCAGAGUAAAGUUUUAGAAGCUGAAUUGGAAAUAAUGAAGAAUAAAUUGAAGCAAGCAGAAGCUGCUGCUAAGGAGACUCCACCUUUGCUUCUUUCCCUGCAGGCCGAAAUGACUGCAAUGAAAAAACAACAUCGUUCAGCUAUACAUGAAGAACAGAAAAAAGCAGCGGCCGCGCAACAGCAUGCAAGAGCACUUGCGAUGGUUCAUGAAAAACGUGUUGCAAGUUUAGAAGCCCGUUUGGCAGAACUUUCAGAAACUGUCGGUGGUUAUGACAGAGCAAGACAGCAAGAUCAGCAGGCAAUACAAAAAUUGAAGGAUCAAUUAAAUCAUCUUGAAUCCACAGAUUAUGCGGAUAAUUGCAGUAGUAACGAUUUUUCCAAAGAUCCAAAGAAACUAACAUCAAAUAUACGUGAACUUUACACUUAUUUAAUGAAUCUCGAUAAAGAAUAUUCUUACGCGAAUGUCAAAGAUUUGUUAAAUAGUUUAAAUCUAAGUGAUGCCAGUCAGGAUUAUGGGAAUAAAUACGAGAGUCUUUUGGAAGAAUUCGAAGAGCUCAAGCGACAGAAAACAGUUUCAUCUAAUAACACAAUGAAAAGUGAAUUGACAAAUAUUCAACAACACAGUUCGAAACAUUCGCAUGAGAAUUCAAACGAAUGGACUCAGUUGCAACGGAUUAAAACGCACAAUAAAAAUUUAGAAGAAAGAAUACGAUUGUUAAACGAGGAAAUUUUGAAACGCGAACAAGAAUUUAAAGUCAAAUUAGAAAAUCAAUACAAAAUAUUGCAAGAUGAACGUAUGAAAUUGGAGAGACUGAUGAACCAAAAGGAUAAUGAAUAUCGAGGAAAAAUUGUAGCCCUGGAGCAUCAAUUAUUACGACAAAGAGAACGUUCUCUAGCCGUUAUUGAUGAAAAGGAUCAGGAAAUUUUAACGUUAAAAUCAUCAUUUCAGGCCUUAUUACCCAGUAAAGGAUCGUCGGAAAUUAAAAGUUAUCCGACUGUUGAUAUGACGAGUGAACCAUCAGCUGAUCUAGUAACUGGUUUAUUAACUGCUGACAAUAAUCCGCCAAUGUUGCAUUACGCUCAAGAAUUAGCGAGACGAGAAAUAGAAGUUUCAAAUUUACGAAAACAAAAUGUUGAACUCGAAGCGAUAUUACGUGAAAGGCAACGUGAUCUUUAUCACGAAACAGAAAGACAUAAAGACGAAUUAAAAAAAUUACAGUCACAAAUAACCAGAUUGGAGGCCUGCAAAUCGAGGGAAGGAGCAAAUUUGGAAUAUCUUAAGAACGUAAUUGUUAAUUAUUUAAUCACCAGCGAUCCGUCAAGUAAGCGACACAUGUUAAAUGCUAUUUCGACAGUGUUACAUUUCACGCCGGAAGAAACGGAAAAAAUCCGUCGCGUUAAGUAGCAAAAUGAAACCAAAUCUUUUAAAAAAAAGAAAGACAGAAUUUAACGAAACUUUUUUAAAUUAAAAUAAAUUUUAUAAAACAAUUUUAUCAGAGGGAAAAUUGAGAAAAAAAACAUAGAAAAGAUGAUGUCCUCGAACAUUGAAUAUAUUUUGCCUCCUUUACAUUUUUUUCUUUUUCUUUUUUUUUUUUUUUGUAAAAUAAUUGUAUACAGCAUACUCGAAUACCCAUUUCGAAUGUACACUUUUUCUUUGAAAACGAAGGAAAAGAAACAAUUUUCAAAUAACUUUUAUUUUUCUCAACCAAAUCAUUCAGUCAGACACAAUGGAAGAAUUACGUAUUGACUUUCUUUUGUAUCCCAUGUCGAUUAUCGAUUAUAUUAAAUAUUUUCUGUUAAACAUU